GUCCCUUAUUUGACGGGUUGAGGGCGAGGGAGAGAGAAAAGAAUUUUAGACGAAAAACAAAUUUUGUGGUAUAGGCUUCUUGUCUCUUUACCCCAGCCCCGUUUUUUAGGCUAUUUGUUUACGGAUUAUUCACGUUUCACAGCGAUUAAGGACCAGGCAAAAUGAGCGUCCUUAGAGUGGCAGUGUUUGGUACCUUGAUCUGCACAGUUGUAUCUGCAACCAUCAAAGCGAAAGAGGAGCAUCGGACGGCGUUCUUCGGGGAGGAUGUGCACAUCCGUGUGCCUUCGCUGGCCAGCACCGACGUGGUGUUCAAGCCACGGGUCAAAGGUCAACCGGAGAAGGUUCUAAUGCAGAAUGGGAAUGUGGUCCACACCCGGGCCACGCUCAACACCCAGUUCCUCAUCCUGGAGGACGUCGGCGAGGAAGACGAGGGCGUCUACAUGAUCAAGAACACAGAGGCACCAACCCACGUUCGGCACAUCACACUCAUCGUUAGAGAUUGCGCUCUGGAGCAGACGGUGAAGUAUGGCGACACUUACCACAUCCAGCUCCACGACAUCACUCUACCCAUCACCCUGGAGUUCCGCUACGGCAUCGCCCACAUCAACCAGACCACCGAGUCUCCCCCUGUGGUGCUCCUGAACCAGACCUCCACCCCUGUGGACGAGUACAAGGGCCGCUUGGCGGUCAGUGCCAAAUGGGUUACCCUCCACCGGGUGACAGGCAUGGACGAGGGCAGCUACACCAUCCUGGACAGUGACGGAAAGAUCCGGAUGAGGACCUGUCUAAAUGUGAAAGAGCACCAGAACUUUAUUCACCUGGAAUACGACAAGACUCUGAAGAUCAACCUCCACCUGAACUACGACAAGGUCAACAUGGUCUACACGAGAGACUCAGACCGCAAAGAACGGGUCAUCUUAAACCAGGGAAAGCUGAUGCUUCCCGUAGACCCGGUUCUGGAUGGACGUCUCUCUGUGGAAGGUUCCGUGGUUUACCUGAAGCAGGUCCGUGCCAGCGACAUGGGCACCUUCAGGGUGAAGGAUCUGCUCGGCUUCCAUGUUGCUGAAGUCCACCUUGAGGUUGAGUCCUACAAACUUCCCCCUCUGACUGUGGCUAUCCUUGCCAUGCUGGGCCUGGUGGUUGUGCUACUGCUGGUGUGUCUGCUCUCCUGCCAGAUCAAUGUGCGCCGCCGGGCUGAGAAGGCCAGGAAGAUCGCCCUCAUCGCUCAGCAGGCGGGCAAAGGGGAGGGAGACACCUUCCGACAGGUGGUUCAUGAGGCCUACACAAGAUUCACUGAAGACUCGAUCACCCAGUCGCAGUGGGACCAAAACACGGACAACACAGAGGUUGAAAUUAAGGGUCUUGAAGUGUCCAAGGCUGGCCGCUAUCAAAGUCUUCUCUCUGACAAGAACUUCCUGGAGAUGAGUGACUCCGGGGUGGAGUUCACCUCCUCCGGGCUUCCACUAGACAGUGACACGGACGUGCCCAUGACCUACGGCUCCCACAAGCCGCUCCUUGACUCGGUCCACUCCGACGGUUUCGUGACCGCUCAGCCCACCAUCGCCGAGGGCACCGAAAGCAACUCGCGCACCCCUGACUCCAUCCUGAGCGGCAGUCCCGCCAGCCUGCCCAAGGCCAACGGCCAGCCCGACGGUAACCUCAUGGAGACCAUCAUCCCCGAUUCGGCCCCCAGGGGCCCCGAGGUGGAUGGCGUUGUGAUCCCGGCUCCCGCUGGCAGCCCAGCUAAAGAGCCCAGCACUGAUGUGGGGCCUGCAGGCGAAGCAGCUUCCACACCAUCUGGUGCUGUUGAGAAUGCCACAACUUGAAGAGCAACUUUGUACAGUAGAAACACCACAGAGAGAAAGGAAACAUAGAAAUGUAUCUACAUACCACUAACCACUUAACACUUUGACAAUCCCUACUCAAACACCCCUAACAUGCAACUAUAUACUGUAGUCAUUACUGCUUGUUUUGCUGGAGGCGUAAGGGCCAUCCAUGCUACAUUUCAUAUUUGGACACAUUUCGAUUUAACAAAUGCUUAGUGCUAAAGUCUGAGCUAAACCCUAACCCAGAGGAACAACUAAAAAAAUAUUCCAACUGAACUCACCUAACUUCUAAGAAACACAUGAGCAUUAAACAUAUUUUUGCACAAUGCAUGCAUUUGAAUUAGAUUCAGUCGAGAUGUCUCAGCUGACCAAGAGCAAAAGACUAGUUUGGAAUGACUGUAGUGCAUGCAAGUCUCUUGGACAAACAGUCACAAACUUGAAAGUGUUGUAUAAAUAUGUAUAAAUAAUUAACAUUGAAGGUAUACCUAAAAUACAUUUUAAAAAUCAGGGGUUACCCAACAUAACAUAACACACAACAUUGCAUAAAAAUCCAUUCCCUUUAAUUGAAAUGACCAAAUAAAUCAUGUAAAAAUCCAUUAUUCAUAGCCACAAUGGACAUAAAUCUUAUUUUUGAGUACAAUAGCAUCAUGUUAUCCAUAAAAACAUUAAGAAAUCUGAAACAAUUUGAAUCAAUCAUCUUAAGAAUAUCAGGCCGGAAAAAAAAAAAAAUCCCGACAACAAAUAAAGAAAUACCCCAAAAUCUAGACAUACUGUAUAUCCUUUAUGAGGUGGUUUGGAAGCAGUCUGGACAUGGAAAUGUCGUCUUUCUCCCCAUCUCAGAAAUGCACAAGCUUCCCCCAGCUCCACCUGACUGAGAGCCCAUCAAUAAUGUAUGGUUUCCCCACAACAGACCAGGAAAUGAUGGGUCGGGAGUUAGUGUAGGCCCUUCUGUCUUUCUGUGAGGCUACAGCUCUGUGAAUGGUUGCAGCAGCAGCUCCUUUGGCACCUGUGUAAGGGUAGACCAGAGGCUCCGCUACUCUAAGCACUUUAUCCUAGGGCUGACAUGCAUGUCUGGAAGAACGAGAAAGAGAAUGAGAACAAGAGAAAAAAAGACAGAGAGAACGAGGCAGGCCUGGCAGCUUUCCUUUUAGUCCAGACUGUUCAUCCUCUGCUUUUUUGUCGCUUCGUUUCACAUGUUUUCGAGCUCAUCCAUCAAGGAUGGCAUCUGCUCUCUGAUGCCAUCCCCCUUGGAUAUGUCAUCAGUCACUUCAUCUGCCCGGCUCAGCACGUUUGGAGAUACAGCAUGGGAACCUGCAGAGAGUGUCACCAUCCUACGUGCUGGUCACUCUCUCUCACACUUUCACAACAGUGAGAGAAGGGAGCGAGUGUCAGUAGAAGGCAGGACGGACAUGUUUGCCUGUGGAUUUCUUCACCCCCGGUCUUGAUGACUUGAACUAGUGGAGAUUGACAGGCGAACUUGACAAGUGACUGACAGUUGUCCACCCAGUUCCCAGUUCCCUCACCAAAGGUAAUCCGUCUGUCUACUCUCUGGAGCCAUUGCAGCGUUCUUUGCAUGCCCGUAGAAGAGCUUCACUUUCAGUUUAGACAACUAAAUGAAAGUGUGUGUCAGAAUUCGCCCACUCUAGGAGAGCUGAAUGUAUGUGAGGACGUGUGCAACAACUGAAUGUCAUUGUAUAGCGGAGGGAAUGCUCAUAUGUCAAUGCUUGUACAUCGGUGGUGGCUUGCAAAUUGGCAUAUAAAUUAUUCAUUGUUUUUUUGAAUAAGCCCCAUUAACUGCAUAGUGUGGUAGAGUUUGUUGAAUUUAACACAUUUCAUGCUCAUGCUUAAAACAGUAUUGGUAGAAGUCUGCCGUAGUUGAUAAAACAACACAGCAUCAGUGUGACAGCUACAUUUUAAUGAUCAGAAGCCUUUUUUCCCACCUGUCAUUUUUAUUUUUCUUACCAGUGGCAUCUUUCAAGCACUACACUGUCAAGAAUGACCCCAGAGGCCAGAAAUUAUUUACAGAGGUUGACAGACACAUGAUCUAUUUUUGCUUGAUGCAUGAGUUCCUUAGUCCAGAUUGUCACAACACAGAGUGGCAUCUCACUUAAUCACAGAUCUCCCUCAUCAGCUCCAUUUCAUCUAGUAGCAGCUCCGGAGAAGAGCAUUCUCUCUCUCCAUCCACCAUGGCAGCAAAUGAACCACUUGCCCAAGGCCAAAGUCAUUCCCAGUCUCUCUUGGGGAUGACCGCCUCCCUUCCCACGCCAUCACAUCUGCACAGUCAGAAAAGUUUUGUGUGCAGAUGAAUGAUAAAACAUUGGUGACUAUGAGGGUGUGAGACUUAUAACGGGUCUCUUAACACAGAGUGGUAGCGCCACACUGGCCGUCAGAGGGCCAAGUGCACUAGAGAAAACGUGUAAGAUCUGUGGGCAAUAUUGCUACCUCAUAACUUAUCUGAUGUCUGUGGAGGAGAUCAACAGAGAGCACUAGGACUGCAUGUGUGAGGUCUUAAUGAAAAAAGCACAAAUAGUAGGAAGAGUAGCCUUUUUUUUCUCAAAACUAAACAUUUUUGAAAUGAUGUAGCAGCUAGUGUAAAUACAUGCUAAAAGUUUGAUUCUAGUUCCGAGUUAGCUAUGUUUUAAUCAAUCCUGGGCAUUAAUCUAACUUGAAAAUCGAACAGGUAUAGUAGUAGUACAGUCAAGUAAAUGAUCAUCUGUACUUAUUUGCUUUUAUCUCAUUUUUUUAUUAAUGAUUUGUGGUAAUACUUUCAAGCAGGAUAAGGUUGAAUGAUACAGUAGCCUAGCUUAUAUUCUAAAGGCUACCACAUGAGAAACCAACCCAGAUAUCAGUGCCUAACUUGUGCAACAUCCAAUCUGAUCUAUCCCAUUCUUGUUUUAAUAUAUAUGGAGGAGUCAACCCCAACUUUAGCGGAUUUAAUAAGCAAUAGAGCAGCAGAUAUCAGUGGCUUGCAACCUACACAGGGUAGAUGCAUCAUGCAGUGAAGCACAAUUAGUGUACACCCAUGACACCACCACAUUACCACAGCCCUUGUCUUCACUCAUGUAAAUAGAACCAGUGCAUGCCAGUAGUAGUAGUCUUUCUUAAUGCAAGGCUAAUGCAAGAUCAUUUUCUAUUCUAUGAUUGUUGCAUUUUAUUGAAUUAUUUAAUCUGACACCAGUGAGGAAGGAGGCAUUCUGAGAAACCCCUAAGACAGAAUGAGAAAGCACACAUUAUUUUCCCAAUGUCUUUAUCUUUCUUUCUCUGUCUCUCUUAUCCCUGUUCUUCAUCUCAACUAUACAUUAUGCACUUAAUCCUCAAAGCAUAUUGUAAACCAUCUCAACAACAUCCACCUUAACUCAUAAUUUCAGCAAGAGAAUGUUUUUGUUUUUGAUAUUACCAGACAAAAAAGUACAUACACCAUAACUAAGAGUACUGCUACAGCUAUGACUUUUACUAUCCUCUUUUAAUCUUUUUUGAAAUGCUGUCCAACAUAUACAAAAGACUUAAUCCAGCAUGCUGAACCGUAGUUUGCCUGAUAGACAGCAGCCACCAUGCAUUGCACUGUAGGUAUUGGUUUCUGUCCAUGCGUACUGGGAAGUUUGCUUCGGUGUCAAUGGUACUAUACUGCAACUCAAGCUGACAAAAUGCAUUCGUUUACCCCUUGAGACACAUGUGUUUGUCCUAUUUUCAUCAGGACAAAAAUAGUUUCACUUUGAACAGAAUCUGUCUGAAUUGGGUAGUUCAUGAAGUCUCAUUAAAGAUUAGGAAAUGCAAUGACAAAUUCAAUAGAAAUAUAUCAAGGAACAAGAGAGAAAUCAUCCCAUUGAAAGGACUAGAAACAUGUACAUGCUGAUUUGGAUUUCAGCCCAGAAAGCAAUGAAAGAUCAAGACCAUUCAGGUGUAGUGCAGUGACAAGAUGUCCUUGCAUUUCAUGGUUUUAACAAGGCUAUGCAAUAUCCCUUCUAUGCCCCAAGGGAGGCAGUCGUGAGCCGCACGCCCCCCUCAGGUCUGUCUUGAACUGACAGACCUCAAGUGGAAUCAUGUUUUUUCUUCCAUUUUGCAGGCCAUAUGCAAGCAUCCUAUAGCUUUACAGUCUCAUGUUUCAUACAUUAACCUAAAUAACAAUGCCCAUUCUUGUCAGUGGCUGAAAAUAGUUAACAAUUAGGUAUCACAUAUGUUUGAUGUAUGUAUGAUGCCAAAAAUGAAAAAAAUAUUUAGAGUCAAUGCCUUAAUUGUGGAAAUAUUUGAGUGUUGAGUCUGAAAACCAAGUAGCCUAGGCCUAAGCUGUCUCUAAAUGCAUGAAUUUAAUGACAGGAUAUUGUUCUCUUCACCGUUCAGUAGGUAGGCUAUUUGUGAAUUUUGUUUAACAUGUUUAGAAUUUACUUUGAAUAGGCUACACAUAUACUCAUUCUGAAGAAGAUGAAAAAAAUAUGGUAUCAUUGACUCGACAACACUUCUCAGUCAUGUAUAGUUACCUUUUAUAUGCUUGUUUUAAUUUCCUGAUAAACUGACUCCAUUUAUAAAAAUGCCUCUUUAAAGAUAUAGGCUACUAGGCUUAACAUGCACAGUUUUGUAAGAUGUUCUUUCUUUUAUGAAUGAAUUCUGAUUAUAAUUAAAAAAAUCAUUUUGACAACUA